GUCCUCAGUGUCCUCACCUCAGAUCCUCAGAUCGUCAGUCGUCAGUCGUCAGUCUCGCUCGUGUGUCCGAACGGGAAGGAUGGAGCGCAUAGCGACUAGCAAUUGCGUGUGCGCGUGAUCGAUCGGCGCGAGCCUGUCGCGAGAGAGCCCGCACAUUUCGCCCUCAUAUUCGCCACAACAAUUUCGCGGAUACGUCAUCGCGAAUUAAUUAACGUCGUUGUCGUGAUGACGUCGUCGCAGUGGCAUCGUCAUUCUUGCUGAAACGACGAUUAUUCUCUUCAUCGUUUUGUUAUCGUCGUCAUCCCUUUUUCCCAGUCGAUGAAGCGGCUUCUUCAACAUAAUGCAGGAUAUUCCCGGCGCGUCCGCCGACGACCACCGUGCCUCGAAAUCGGUGCUACUCAACACCUUCGUCGUGAAAAAGAAGCGAUGCCGCGUGUAUCUACAUCGUGGUACGCUCAUCUGGGAAACCGAGCGGUCGCCUUACACCAGAUGGACGCUGCCUUUGACGGACGUUUUGGCAGUGCGUUACGGCGAUGACUGGAUACCGGGUUUGAGCGUUAAAGAGAAACAAUCGACCUCGCCAACCACGGUUUGCCCGACGAAUUUUAUUCUGCACUACGCAGUUCGCGGAUCCAAGAACAAAUGGCGACACAACAGCGUGACUAUGAGCCACACAGAUCCCAGACAAAUCGCGUCUUGGGUGAAAACCAUUCGAAAUUAUCUUCUAGGUCUUACGUAUCGACCACGAAAGGUGAUGCUGUUCAUCAAUCCCAUAGGCGGUAAGAAGAAAGGCGUCAAGAUCUGGGAAAAGGACGUGCAGCCGCUCAUGACCAUAGCCGGUAUCGAGACAAAAAUAAUGGUCACUGAGCGUGCUGGCCAUAUUCGUGACAUGCUGCUGACGGCCGAUUUGAGUGACUUACAUGCAGUGGUGUGCAUUGGUGGCGAUGGCACGUUCGCCGAGGUGUUCAACGGGCUUAUUCUGAGGGCGGUCAAGGAUCAGCAGAUCGAUCCCAACGAUCCCGACGUCAGAUUACCCAAUCCUGUUUUGCCCGUCGGUGUUAUACCCAGCGGUAGCACGGACACGGUGGCCUAUAGCCUGCACGGUACCACUGACGUUCAGACCGCUGCUAUACACAUCAUUUUCGGCGACUCGAUCGGUUUGGACAUCUCAUCCGUUCAUAGCAAUCGCACCUUGCUCAGAUUGUACGCCAGCGUUCUCAGUUACGGCUAUCUGGGCGACGUGAUUCGCGAUAGUGAAAAAUUUCGCUGGAUGGGACCUCGCAGAUACGAUUGGUCCGGGUUUAAAAAGAUAAUAGCAAAUAAGGGUUACGAGGGCGAGAUCGAAUUGCUAUCGGACCCGUGUCAUCCUGCAAGUAGCACCAGAUGCAUGAAAAACUGUUCACGCUGUCUGCAACACAUGCACAACAGCAUUCCUGACGAGGAAAUUGCCAGAUGGGUGACGGUCAGUGGAAAGUUUUUUAUGGUGAACGGCGCGAACGUGUCUUGCGCGUGCUCGAGAAGCCCCAUGGGCUUUAGUCCUCACUGUCACAUAGGCGAUGGCUGCGUAGACGUGAUUCUAAUUCGACACACAUCUCUGAUAAACAAUGUCAGAUUGCUACUCAGACUGUCCAGCAAACGAAAGACUUUGUAUGAGCUACCGUUUGUCGAGGUCUACCGAGCGAGAGAAUUCACAUUCCGCUCUUUGCCGACGCUGCAAUUCGAAAACGAGGUGAACCAAGUUCGUUCAAACUCUCGGCUUAGCGUAUGGAAUUGCGACGGUGAGGUGAUCGACAAAACCAAUGUGAAAAUCAGAGUACACUGCCAACUAUUGAAGGUUUACACGAGACGAGCUCAAGAAUCAACUCGGGAACCGACCUGCUUCAGUUGUUCGAUGUGAAUGAGCUGAACGAGGUCGUCGAACGGUCAGACUUUAAGGUUGCGAUCCCGUUGUGCAACGCUCUCAAAAGCGUUAAAGUUCCUUUAUCUUGCCCUGUCAUCCAUCCUCGCGAGAUUAUCUUACAGUCUUACAGUAUAAUAAUAUAUAUAUGUAUGUAUACAGGGUGAGUCAUUUUAAUAAACG